AUGGCCUCUACACCCAGCUCUGGUUCCUAUGAUCUUGCGAUCGUGACACCCUCGGAAGACUAUUCCUUAAGGUCUUUCUCUCUUGCCCAGGGGAAUAUCCAGCAAACGUUCCUUGUAUCAGCACAGGAUGGGGCCUUCCUGGACCAGCAAAAGGCCUCUUUCUUGCAGAACCAUUCGAAAGAUCAGUCUAUUCUCGCGUUAGUGUUUGCAUUUUUACAAUUCCUCCUGGAUGAAGAUUGCCCACCAGCUCCCCUAGGGGCUUUCCUCGGCGCCAUCGAAUCUCAGUGCGUGAGAGACACGAAUAUCCACGACCUGGUUAUGCCCGAGCCCGAGGCGAAGAAUAUUAUACGCACCUACUACCGCGCACAUGCUGUGGCAGGUCUCAGUCCCCGUCCAGCCCCCAGUGGGCUCUUCACCACAACUAACAACGACGCGCACCGCAUCUUGAUGGCCUUCGGCGGCCAAGGAUCUACGAAUCUUGUCUGUGUUGACGAAUUGGCCGAGCUAUAUUCUCUUUACCAACCGUUACUUGAGCCGCUGAUCGCAUCAGUAGCGCCAGCCCUCGCAAGUCUUUCUCGGGAUCCGUCCACGUCACAGCACUACUUGGGUCGUGAGAUUGACCUUUACUCCUGGUUGACCAACCCCGAGUCUCGUCCGGACCGAGCCUUUACAGCCACAGCCGCAGUCAGUUUCCCCAUAAUUGGCUUACUUGACAUGGCCCAUUAUUACGUGCUUGGUAAAUUGCUCAACUCGGAUUCCCCGAAGCGACUAAGGUCAUCGCUACAAGGCCUCACUGGCCACUCGCAGGGAAUCAUCGUGGCUGCAGCCGUCGCUCAAGCGGACUCGUGGGCGUCGUUUUUGGCACAGGCACAAUGGGCCAUCCGCCUAUUGUUUUGGAUGGGCUAUGAAUGCCACACUGCCGCCCCGGUCUCCCCAUUAUCGUCCGCCGCCAUCAGAGAUAGUAUUGAGCACGGCGAGGGAUCCCCUUCAUGGCUGCUUAGUGUCCGCGGCCUGCGAUAUCCUGCCCUUGAUGCGUUAAUCGCGGACUGUAAUCGCCGUUUACCGGAAUCUGAGCACGUGUCCAUCGGACUGAUCAACACUGAACGGAAUCUGGUGGUAGCCGGCACUCCACGUUCUCUCCGAGGCUUAUGUCUGCGGUUGCGAGAGAUCGAAGCCGAUGAUGGACAAGAUCAGAGUCGGGUGCCUUUCCGUCAGCGCAAGCCCGUUGUCCAUCAUACCUUCCUGCCUGUUAGCGCUCCUUUCCAUUCCAGUCACCUCCGUGCCGCUGCGGACCGCGUCAAGGCACGGUUUCCGGAUGCCUCGUCGCCCAAAGUGGGCGAUCUCCUCACUGCGGUCUUUCAUACACGGACUGGCCAGGAUAUGCGCGAGAUGUUCAGCCCAUCGACCAACCUAAUCCAAAGCUUGGUCGAGGCAGUAGCAUGUGAGACUGUGGAUUGGCCUGCAACGUUGCAGGUGUCGCGUUCUACGCCGCCCUCCCACAUUGUGCUUCUCAGCAGUAGCCGUCUCAGUGAUCUCGUUUCUGAAAUUGUCGAUGGCCGAGGAGUUCGCAUCAUCGCAGGGACGGUGCUAGCCCCAACAGACACCACUACCCUGGGUGGUAAAGCGGAGUUACUAACCGCGAAGCCGUCACAGGCGCCGGUCCCCUGGGGGGACCUCUUCAAAGCUCGGCUGGUGGCGGGCCCAGAUGGCAAGCCCGCACUCGAGACGCGACUCAGUGAGCUGCUGCAAGCCCCGCCUAUUAUCACAGCGGGGAUGACACCCACUACGGUACACUGGGACUUUGUGGCUGCGGUGAUGCAGGCAGGCUAUCAUGUUGAGCUGGCCGGUGGUGGAUACUUUGACGCGGCUGGCAUGACAGCUGCGAUUGAGAAAUUAGCGGUCCACGUUCCGCCUGGCCGUGGCAUCACUUGCAAUCUCAUCUAUGCCAGCCCUCAUUCAAUUGCAUUCCAGAUCCCCCUCAUCCGCAGCAUGAUCCAACGGGGAAUCCCCAUAGAUGGGUUGACGAUCGGAGCUGGAGUUCCCUCGCUGGACGUGGUGAAAGAAUGGAUCCAGACACUGGGUAUCAAACAUCUUUCUCUCAAACCGGGUUCUAUCGCUGCCAUAUAUGAGGUAAUUGAAAUCGCUAAAAUGCACCCCUCGUUCCCGAUUAUUUUGCAGUGGACUGGAGGCCGCGGCGGUGGUCACCACUCCUGUGAGGACUUCCACGAACCACUUCUGCAGACGUACCGGGAUAUCCGCCGCUGUUCCAAUCUGUAUCUGGUUGUGGGCAGUGGGUUUGGCCAGGCGGACCAAAUGCACCCAUAUAUCACGGGUGAAUGGUCGCUGCCAUUCGGUCACGCCUUGAUGCCUUGUGAUGGUAUCCUCAUAGGCAGUCGGAUGAUGGUCGCCCGGGAGGCGCACACAUCUACGCAAGCAAAGAAGCUGAUCUUAGCAGCUGCUGGAGUGCCCGACUCGGAAUGGGAGCAGACCUUCAAGAAGCCCACCGGCGGAGUAUUGACCGUUCAGUCGGAGAUGGGCCAGCCGAUUCACAAGCUGGCAACCCGUGGAGUUCGGCUGUGGCAUGAGAUGGACAGGACUAUCUUCAGCUUGCCUCGGGACAAACGAGUUGCUGCACUCCUUGCGCGUAAGCCUGAGAUCAUACGUCGUCUCAGCGCUGAUUUUGCCAAGCCGUGGUUUGGCUACAAUGCUGCCGGUGAUGCCGUCGACCUAGAGGACAUGACGUAUACUGAAGUUAUUGCUCGCUUGAUCCGGUUAGUCUAUGUUAGCCACCAACACCGGUGGAUUGACGCAUCCUACCGUCAGCUCGUUUUGGACUUCACCUACCGAACUCUAGAGCGUGUCUCCGAUGUCGUUUAUGCGACGGACAAGCUUGACCUCAGUCGCCCUGAACAGUUCGUCGAGCAGGUGCAACAACUCUGCCCUGCGGCAACCACACGUCGUCUACACCCAGACGAUGUCCGCUUCUUUCUCACAGCCUGCAAAAAGCGUGGUCGCAAGCCCGUCAACUUUAUCCCAGCUUUGGAUGAAGACUUCGAGUACUGGUUCAAGAAAGACUCCCUGUGGCAGUCGGAGGAUGUGGAUGCAAUCAUCGACCAGGACGCUGAGCGGGUGUGUAUCCUCCAAGGCCCCGUGGCCGUGCAAUACUCGCGUCGGGAAGACCAGUCAGCCAAGGACAUCCUUGAUGAGAUCCACCAUGGGCUUGUAGACCGUUUCGAGGAGGAGCGGCCUCAAACGGAUCGGCCUCCGUUGGCCAUAUCGGAGAUGGUCUCAUCCCAAAUCACCGUAACGGAAAGCAACACCCAUCGUAUCAUCCGUCCUGCAUCUGAGAACCUGCUCUCUGUCGAAGACUGGCAAACAUUCCUGGCUAGCCAAGUCACGGGUGGCGUCCGAAGCGUUCUCACGGCUGAGCAAGUCACACGAGAUUCCCAGAGACAAGCGAAUCCUUUGCGCCGAGUUCUAGAGCCACGGAUAGGGCAAUCAGUCCAGCUACCCCUAGGCGGCAGUGAUCUACUGCUAGUAGAAGAUACGCAGAACCGUCCCCUAGUCCACAUCAAGCCCAGUGGUGCUGAGGAGGUUGCUGUAGACUUCUAUUAUUAUGACUUCCUGGAGACCCCUGCCGUUCUACGAUUCACGUACCAGUGCAAUUCGAAGAGUCUUUCCUUGGUAGAGAAUCUCGAGGGGCGUGACGACCGAGUGAAAUUGUUCUAUGCUCAUCUGUGGCGCGGUCGUGCCGAUCUCAGUUCCCACCGGCUGAGUGACGUCUUUGAGGGCGAGGAAAUCACCCUUUCGUCCGAUCUUCAUCGUCACCUUCACAAUGCUCUCCGUCAUACAGUCCCAGAUGCCACUGCAUCCGCCACAACAAACACCUUACCCCUCGAGGCCGCGAUUAUUGCCGCUUGGAAACCCCUUAUGGAGCCGCUAUUUGUUGCAGAGCUCCAGGGCGACUUGCUCCGCCUCGUCCAUCUUUCCAAUAGCAUCCGGUACGCUCCUGGCGCCACUCCACUGGAGGUCAACGAUGUUGUCGCCACCAAAUCGCAGGUGCGUGCAGUGACCAUCAAGGAAACUGGCAAGACGAUCAGUGUCGAGGCGCAAAUCCUUCGGUCCCAGACGUUAGUGGCCACUGUGACUUCGGAGUUUUUCAUUAAGGGAUCCUUUUCCGAUUACGAGACCACCUUCAGUCACCAGGACGAAGCCGCGACUGAACUAAAGGUGCAGUCCGCGAUAGAUGAAGCCCUUCUGCGAGACCGUGAAUGGCUUCUCUUGGAUGACCCUACACAGUCAUUGAUCAACAAAACCCUCGUCUUCCGUCUACACACCGUGACCCGGUGGAAGGACCAAUCUACCUUCGCUAGCCUGAAGACCACUGGAUCGAUCUACGCCAAGCAUUGGAAUGGCACCGAGCAGAGAGUUGGAAGCGUUGUAUCUGAGCUGGCUGAAUGUCAUGGCAAUCCCGUGAUUGACUUCCUGCAGCGCAAGGGCACAGUGGUCCAAGAGAAGGUUCCUCUAAAGCACCCAGGCCUGAUCGAUAACGGAUCGAGGACCAUCCGCUUACCAUUCAAUAACGCCCUCUACAGCUCCGUAUCCAAGGACUACAAUCCCAUCCACACCUCCUCUGUCUUUGCACGUUUCGCAGACCUUCCCGGCACUAUCACCCAUGGCAUGUACACCGCCGCCGUUUCGCGUGCGGUCACGGAAUGUCUGGCAGCGGACGGUGAGACGGGUCGGCUUCGAAGCUUCUCCGCGUCUUUCGUUGGGAUGGUGUUGCCAGGCGACCAACUCACGGUCCGGAUCCGACAUGAAGCCAUGUGUCACGGGCGCAUGGUACUCUCCGUUGCGGCAUACCGAGAGGGUACCGAUGAGAAGGUACUGCAAGGGGAAGCCGAAGUGGAGCAGCGAACUUCCGCGUACCUGUUUACCGGUCAGGGCAGCCAGGCACAGAGCAUGGGAAUGCAGUUGUAUGAGUCGAGCCCGGUUGCUCGAGCAGUAUGGGAUGAGGUUGACCGCCGUCUUCUUGAUCAAUACGGCUGGUCAAUCCUGAACGUUGUCCGUGCCAAUCCCAAAGAGAUCACCAUCCACUUCCGUGGGGCUCGUGGCAGACGAAUCCGCGACAACUACCUGGCGAUGAGGACGGAAACCAGAAUGCCAGACGGUUCCACCAGGCUCGAACCUAUCCUUCGCGAUCUUACGCCCAAAUCGGAGUCGUACACCUUCUUCGACUCCCGGGGCCUGCUCUAUGCCACGCAAUUUGCUCAACCGGCUAUCCUACUAAUGGAAAAGGCCGCCUUCGAGGAUAUGAAGGCAAAUGGUCUCAUCCAAGAGGGGGCUGCCUUCGCAGGCCACUCUCUAGGCGAGUACGGAGUCCUAGCCUCAUUAGUUGACUUCUUGCCGUUUGAGAUGAUGAUGAGCGUCGUCUUCUAUCGUGGGUUGGUGAUGCAGUUCACCAUGGAGCGCGACUCCAAUGGACACACCGGGUUCUCUAUGGUAGCCGUCAGUCCGAAGAGGGUGGGCAAAUAUUUCGAUGAAGCCAUGCUACGCAUCGUCGUGGAUUUGAUCCACCGACAAAGUGGCAAUCUGUUGGAGAUCGUCAAUUUCAAUGUUGAAGCCGAACAAUAUGUUUGUGCCGGACACGUCCGCAACAUUUACGUCUUGACCGGCAUCCUCGACCUUCUAUCCCAAUCCAGCACUGGCCCUCAGCUCGUAGACUCGCUCCGCCGCGCUGCUGAUCCCGCCAUCACUGACGUAGCCAAAGAGAUUGCCGUUCAUCUUGAAAAGGCACCCCAAUUGAACAACCCCACUGAAUUGAAACGGGGGCGAGCGACUAUCCCAUUGCAAGGCAUCGACGUUCCCUUCCAUUCGUCACACCUUCGCUCCGGGGUGUCUGUCUACCGACGAUUCCUGGAAGAGCGGAUCCAAGCAGAGAAUGUACAGGUCGACCGCCUGGUGGGCAAAUUUAUUCCCAACGUCAUGGGCAAGCCGUUCGCUAUUGAUCGGCCAUAUCUAGAAGAGGCCGCAGCGGUCACGGGAAGUUCAGUGUUGCGGGAGUUGGCGCUAGCAGCAUGA